AAAAUCUAACACAAUUUGACAAAUUCGAAUACAUAACAGGAGAUGGAGAACAACCUCGGAUGAAAACAAAAAUGACACGAUUAAAAAUAGCAGAUUGGCUAAGUUCUACUUUUUCUAUAAAUAUGGAAUUUCUUCUCGAAGUACCACGAGGAAUGUUUAUUAAACUCGGAUUACUCAAUUACGAAGAACUACAACAAUUGGCUCAAAAGGUCGCCGAAUGGUGA